AUGGUUGGUGCUUUCUUCUGGGGAAUUUUUGCUGUCUUUUCCCCAUACUGCCCCUCAGCUGGUUUUUACAAUCUUUGGGGUCAGCCAACCUCCAAUUUCAAGAGAUUAUGUGAUUUUGAGCGUGAUGGAGAGAGGGAGAGAGGGAGGGAUGGAUGGAUGGUGUUUGGGUGUCUGAGGGGAGAGGUUGGUCUUCGCUGGAUUCUGCUGGGCGGUGCUACAGUCGGAACUGGAUGUGGUUGGUACUUCAUGUUGAUUGCACUUUGGAACUUUCCCUGCUCAGGAUCAUUGGAUUAA